UUUGGUUCUAUUCUGUGAAAAAAAAUACAUACUGUACCGAACCAAACUGUUCCACUCGGUGGAAACAUGACUUAUGUGACGUCGCAAAUUCUCACACACGGGACCUUUAAUCUUAACCCACAGUCAUAGCAGCUUUCAUAUAUAUCAUCAAUAUGUAAAAAGAAAAAGACAAUGAAAUUGUCCAAUACUUGUACUAAUGUCACACACUUAAAUGUACAUCAAAAGACAGAAGUCAACCUUUAACCACUUAAACUGGUCCCCAAGGAACUAAAUGUACAGCCAGUGUAGUAAGGUGAUGUCCUGUGAGGGUUGGACCAGGAAAUGGAACUCAGGAGGGGUGUGGCUUGAACAAGGAGGUUACGUGAAAUUUAAAGGUGCUGGGUGAGUGGGUGUGUCCAAGUACAGGCUUUUGGUCCAUCCAAGCUGGAGCAGCAAGUGGUGCUGAGGCAGAGCGGCGGGCCCCCGGUGGAUGAUGGAGUAGUCGUCUCCUGGUCAGUGCAGAAGGGGAUAUUAGCUCAUCUGAUAGCUCAGAUUAAGCUCAGGGAGCUUUAGGAGCAAACACGCUGCUUUUCAUUGUGUGCUCGGAACAGACAAGGACCACCAGCACCAUGAGAGCUGUCCAAUACUGUCUGCUGCUCCUCAUUGCCCUGGUCCUGCUACCAAACAACAGUGAGGCUCUGCGGUGUUUCACCUGCAUGGGCUCCAAUAACGAAGACUGCAACCAGCAAGGCUCAAAAUCCUGUCCCAGUUACUCUGAUGCCUGUGCUGUGGUGUUGGGCCAUGACAGUGGAGUGAUGAAGUCGUGCUCCUACAAGUCAUUCUGCAGUCAGGCUAACAGCCAGGGCUACAGAGCGCCGGGGGUCAGAGUUCACUGCUGCUACAGUGACGACUGCAAUGUGACGAGCUUCGCCUCCCGGCGGACGGGCCUCAGCUCUCUGCUGCUGUUUCUGCCUCUGCUGUCCCUCUGCUUUCUCAAGUAGACACAGGGCACAACUUCAUCAUGCAAGUACCAGCGUAACAAGCCCACACACCUGCAACACACACACACACACACACACACCUACAGACAGACUCACUUGUUAUUUCGUCAAACAAUUCCAAUCAACGCUGCAUUUCCAACUUUCUUCAUCGUCCUUCUCCCCUCAACGCACACCUGGAGUUGCUGAGGAUGAUGCGCCAGGUGUGACUGCAUGGAUUAUGAGCACUGCACUGGAUUGAAUCAAUUUAGCGGUGCUCAAGUAGAUGCGACUUUCAUUGGAUUUCAACUAAGCCAAUAAGUAACCGAUCCUGGGGGAAGUGUUUGAAAUAACAGGCGGACACGAUUUAUUUUUGGCUUCCUUCAUUAAAGAGGAGAUGAGGUUCAAGUUCA